AUGGCUGCUCCCCAGCUCUCCUACAACGGCAAGACAUUCCGCUCGGCCUCCAACACAGACAACGGCGAGGUCUCCUCCGCGACCGUCUUCCACUACCACCAGGACGGCAACAUUGUCUGGGCUGAGUACAGCGGCGGCAGCAUCGCCAGGGGCUUCCUUAUCGCCACCGUGCAAGGGGGCGUCGACACCCACAGCGGCAAGCACACCCUGGAUGCGCGCUACCAGCAUGUCAAUGUCGCGGGCGAGCUCAUGACGGGGCGGUGCAGGAGCACCCCAGAGGUGCUUGAGGACGGGCGCAUACGGCUGCACGAGGAGUGGCAGUGGACGAGCAGCGACCAAAGCAGCGGCCACAGCAUUGUCGAGGAGGAGAAAAAAUAA